GCCGUUCUGUGUAUCUCAACUGUCUAUCAGUGAGUGUACUAGUGCGCGCACCGCUACCUUUCAACGUCGUCGGAGAGAAGGCGCAAGCGAUUAUUGUUCGAGAAUGGCGUCGAAUUCGCGUGACAACCAGCCCGGGAAAACUAACACUGCCGCUGUCCCGCCGCCGCUUCCGGCGCAGCACAAAUAUUGGACGAGAAGCAAAACUCGCAAUGAAAAAAAAACAUAUUCCGAAGGCGGGGCGUUUGGAGAUGAAAUUGAUGGUGUACGAUCUUAUAGUCUUCAAGAUAAACUUGACUCAACAAGUUAUACAGAUUCCUAUUUCGUUAAGCGGAUGGAGGGAAAAGAUUUGACCAUUUCCUACUUACAAAAAUAUGGUUUUACAAUACCAUUGUUGUUUAAUGAUAAGGUAGGUCUCGGUUUACGCGUUCCUACUCCUAAUUUUUCUGUAAAUCGUAUUAUUACUUAUGUGGGUUCAAGAAGAAAACUAGAUGUAACUGAUGUAAAAACUCAAAAGAAGUUUAAAAUAAAUUUUAAGAGAUGGGGAAAAUAUUAUCAGGAACCAAUUAAAGACAAACUGUUAAAUGUAAAUCCACUCGAGUUCAGCAACACUAAGCUAGAAAAAUAUGUAAAAAGUCCCAAUAUUGUGCGAGAAUUGGAUUGGGUUGAUUGUGUUUGGCCCAGACAUUUUAAAGGAAGUCAAACAAAAUCAACUAAUGUAAAAUAUGGUGGUACGCCGUAUCCAAAGGUACAAAAGUUUUGUUUGAUGUCGGUUAAAGGCUGUUAUACAGAUUUUCACAUUGAUUUUGGUGGUGCAUCUGUCUGGAUUCAUAUAUUUAAAGGGAGCAAAGUGUUUUGGAUAGUUCCUCCUACGGAUGUAAACAUUAGUCUGUAUGAACAAUGGAUAUUGUCUGGCAAACAGGGUGACACAUUUUUCGGAGAUACUGUUAAAGAAUGUGGACGUGUAACAUUGAACGCAGGAGAUACAUUUUUCAUACCUACUGGUUGGAUUUAUGCUGUUUAUACUACUAAAGACUCUAUAGUAUUCGGAGGACACUUUUUACAUUCCUUUGGUAUUCAAGAACAACUACGUGUCGCAAAAGCUGAAGAGUCCACCAAUGUCCCUGAAAAGUUUAGGUAUCCCUUUUUUAUUGAAACGCUGUGGUAUGUUUUGGAACGUUAUGUUUACUGUGGUUUGGGUAUAUCUCAUUUAACUGAAAGUGUUGUACCUCCUCCAGCCCCAGUUGGAUAUAUUCAUUUUAGUUUACAGGAGAUUUAUGGUAUUUAUGAAAUAACAAGAUAUUUACAUGGUUUACC